AUGAAUGAAUACGAGAAUGAGGCAUUCAAGGAAAGAAAGGCCAGCAAAGGGAUGAGGGCUGGCCGGGGACGGCCUGGCCGGUGCAAGAACACAGGUGGGAGCCUGUGCAAGAACACAGGUGGGGGCCUGUGCAAGAACACAGGUGGGGGCCGGUGCAAGAACACAGGUGGGGGCCUGUGCAAGAACACAGGUGGGGGCCUGUGCAAGAACACAGGUGGGGGCCUGUGCAAGAACACAGGUGGGGGCCGGUGCAAGAACACAGGUGGGGGCCGGUGCAAGAACACAGGUGGGGGCCUGUGCAAGAACACAGGUGGGAGCCUGUGCAAGAACACAGACUCGCCCUCGCCGGUGCCUCCCGCGGCGCCCGGCCAGGUGGUCGCUCCCCCCCGCACCUGGGCACCUCGGGUCCUCGAGGGGCAGCGAUGCAAGGUCACGGCGGCCGUGCCCAGUGCUCCCCGGGGCUCCCGGCACCUGCGCAGGAGCAGGCACCGUGUUCCCGAGGCAGGUGAUGUGGUGGACGUGUACCAGCGGGAGUUCCUGGCGCUGCGCGACCGGCUGCACGCAGCGGAGCAGGAGAGCCUCAAGCGCUCCAAGGAGCUCAACCUGGUGCUGGACGAGAUCAAGAGGGCCGUGUCGGAGAGGCAGGCGCUGCGAGACCGCGACGGCAAUCGCACCUGGGGCAGGCUCACCGAGGACCCACGACUGAAGCCGUGGAACGUCUCGCAUAAGCACGUGCUGCACUUGCCCACCGUCUUCCACCACCUGCCGCACCUGCUGGCCCAGGAGAGCAGCCUGCAGCCCGCAGUGCGCGUGGGCCAGGGCCGCACGGGAGUGUCCGUGGUGAUGGGCAUCCCCAGUGUGCGGCGCGAGGUGCACUCCUAUCUGACGGACACGCUGCACUCGCUCAUCUCGGAGCUGAGCCCGCAGGAGAAGGAGGACUCGGUCAUCGUGGUGCUCAUUGCCGAGACUGACCCGCAGUACACCUCGCUGGUGACAGACAACAUAAAGGCCUUGUUCCCCACAGAGAUCCAUUCCGGGCUCCUGGAGGUCAUCGCCCCCUCCCCGCACUUCUACCCCGACUUCUCCCGGCUCCGAGAGUCCUUUGGGGACCCCAAGGAGAGAGUCAGGUGGAGGACCAAACAGAACCUCGAUUACUGCUUCCUCAUGAUGUACGCGCAGUCCAAAGGCAUCUACUACGUACAGCUGGAGGACGACAUAGUGGCCAAGCCCAAUUACCUGAGCACCAUGAAGAACUUCGCUCUGCAGCAGCCUUCAGAGGACUGGAUGAUCCUGGAGUUCUCCCAGCUGGGCUUCAUUGGGAAGAUGUUCAAGUCCCUGGACUUGAGCCUGAUUGUGGAGUUCAUCCUCAUGUUCUACCGGGACAAGCCCAUCGACUGGCUCCUGGACCACAUUCUGUGGGUGAAGGUCUGCAACCCUGAGAAGGACGCGAAGCACUGUGACCGGCAGAAGGCCAACCUCCGCAUCCGCUUCAAGCCGUCCCUCUUCCAGCACGUGGGCACGCACUCCUCACUGGCGGGCAAGAUUCAGAAACUGAAGGACAAGGACUUUGGGAAGCAGGCGCUACGGAAGGAGCACAUGAACCCGCCGGCCGAAGUGAGCACGAGCCUCAAAACAUACCAGCACUUCACCCUGGAGAAGGCCUACCUUCGGGAGGAUUUCUUCUGGGCCUUCACGCCUGCUGCAGGGGACUUUAUCCGCUUCCGCUUCUUCCAGCCACUGCGCCUUGAGCGGUUCUUCUUCCGCAGCGGGAACAUUGAGCACCCAGAGGACAAGCUCUUCAACACUUCUGUGGAGGUGCUGCCCUUCGAUAACCCCCAGUCAGACAAGGAGGCCCUGCAGGAGGGCCGCUCAACCACCCUCCGGUACCCGCGGAGCCCCGACGGCUACCUCCAGAUAGGCUCCUUCUACAAAGGCGUGGCUGAGGGCGAGGUGGACCCUGCCUUCGGUCCCCUGGAAGCACUGCGCCUCUCCAUCCAGACAGACUCGCCCGUGUGGGUCAUUCUGAGCGAGAUCUUCCUGAAGAAGGCGGACUGACGGAGGACUUCUGAGGACUGGCCCUGAAGCCCAGGAGACCAGGGACGUCUUCGCUGCUGCCCCCGCAGGGCCAGAUGUGGCCCACCCAGCCUGAGGGGUUGUUCCUGGCACCUCUCAGCAGCCUGGGGUUGCCGCUGGCCGGGAGGCCCCAGGAGCUGGUGCUGCCCACCCGCCCGGCCGCGGGAGGAGGUGGUGGUCCCCACACUGUGCCUGAGGCCGGCCUGUGCCGCCCUGAACUGUUCGCAGCUGGCAGGUGGGCUGGAGCCAGGCCGUUUUAGAAGAGCUUUUCCUGGGCGCCUGUGCUCUCCGGCGCGAACACUGGAAUGCAUAUACUACUUACGUGCUGUGUUUUUUAUUCUUGGAUACAUUUGAUUUUUUUCACUUAAGUCCACAUAUACUUCUAUAAGAGCGUGACUUGUAAUAAAGGGUUAAUGAAGUGUG